AUGGCGCUCAAAGCACAAGUCGGUCAGAAAAUUAUGAAUGAAGUCAUCAAACAGAAAAAAACAGCGAAAGCAGGCGCCGUGGAGUGGCGAAUCCUCGUGGUGGAUCAAUUGGCAAUGCGAAUGGUAUCGGCGUGCUGCAAAAUGCAUGACAUAAGUGCCCAGGGAAUAACUCUAGUUGAGGACAUAAAUAAGAAACGUGAGCCAUUGCCAACGAUGGAGGCCGUUUACCUCAUCACACCGUGCAAUUCGUCUGUACAAAAACUCAUUGAUGACUUCAGUAAUCCAACGAGAACAAUUUACAAAGCAGCACAUGUUUAUUUCACUGAAGCCUGUCCCGCCGACAUAUUCAAUGCUUUGUGUAACUCCCUGGGUCCAAAACAGAUAAAAACACUCAAAGAAAUCAACAUAGCGUUUAUCCCAUACGAGGAACAGGUUUUCUCAUUGGACUCACGUGAGACAUUCGCAUGUUUCUACAACCCCUCCUUCAUAAAUCUGCGUAACGCAAAUAUGGAGAGAAUUGCUGAGCAAAUAGCCACCCUCUGUGCCACCCUGGGGGAGUACCCAUCAGUGAGAUACCGAAGUGAUUUCGAUCGAAACGUGGAGCUCGCACAGAUUGUCCAACAGAAGCUGGAUGCCUACAAGGCUGACGAGCCAACAAUGGGUGAGGGACCUGAGAAAGCACGAUCACAGCUUUUGAUUCUCGAUCGAGGUUUCGACUGUGUUUCACCCCUUCUGCAUGAGCUUACGCUUCAGGCUAUGGCUUAUGAUUUGCUUGACAUCGAAAAUGAUGUGUAUAGAUAUGAAGCAACCCAGGGACAAGAAAAGGAGGUGCUGCUGGACGAGAAUGACGAAUUGUGGUUGGAAUUGAGACACGAACACAUUGCUGUCGUCUCUAACAAAGUGACGAAGAAUCUGAAAAAAUUCACUGACUCCAAGCGAAUGCCCCAGGGGGACAAACAGAGCAUGAGAGAUCUCUCCCAGAUGAUCAAGAAAAUGCCCCAGUACCAGAAGGAGCUCAGCAAAUAUGCAACACAUCUCCAUCUUGCUGAGGACUGCAUGAAGCGUUAUCAAGGGAGUGUUGAUAAACUGUGCAAAGUCGAGCAGGACUUGGCAAUGGGCACAGAUGCUGAGGGCGAGCGCAUAAAGGACCACAUGCGCACCAUAACGCCAGUCCUCCUGGACCAGACAGUUGCCAAUAUCGAUAAACUUCGUAUAAUAUCCCUCUACGUACUCUCUAAGAAUGGAAUAACCGAGGAGAACUUGAAUCGCCUCGUUCAUCAUGCACAGGUGUCUCCAGACGACAAGCAGACCAUUCUCAACAUGGCUAAUCUUGGAAUUAAUGUCGAUGGAAAGGGAAGAAAGCCUUAUCAAGUUCCACGCAAGGAGAGAAUCACAGAACAGACGUAUCAAAUGAGUCGCUGGACUCCAGUAAUUAGAGACAUUAUGGAGGACGCCAUUGAGGAGAAAUUGGACUCCAAGCAUUUUCCAUUCUUGGCUGGAAGGGCUGCGAGCUCUGGAUAUGCCCAUGCUCCCACUAGCGUGAGAUACGGACACUGGCAUAAGGACAAGGGUCAGGCCACCAUCAAGAACGUUCCACGAUUAAUUGUAUUUAUCGUCGGUGGAUUGUGUUUCUCGGAGAUACGUUGUGCUUAUGAAGUCACUAAUGCUGUUAAGAAUUGGGAAGUCAUUGUUGGAUCCUCUCACAUCAUAACACCAAAGUCUUUCCUCUCAGACUUAAGCAAACUCCACGUCUAAGCUCCAAAAACCAAAAACCAAAAAAAACAAAUUGAAAGAUAAAAAAUCGACUGAAAACAAAAUUAACUUUCCCGAGUUAAGCAAUACGCAGGCCUGGAUCCCUCGAUCCACAAAUUAGUUGAUCAAUUACUUGUGAAUUACCGAUUAUAUGUCAAUUCAGCAUUAAACCGAACGAAAAAAAUCUCUGAAAUUCACUGAAACGUACUAAUGAGGUUUAAAAUUCUUACAAUAAUAUAGUCCUUCAUUUGAGGAUCAUGGAAAUAAAGUGCCUGCGAGAAUUGAACACCCAAAUGAUAAAAAAAUUCAAUCCUGCACUCAUUUUCACUCUCGAAAAAAUUAGAAACCAUUCUGAAAUAUAAAAUGAUCCAAAAUCUAUUAGAAAAAUAAAAAAAAACAUCAUCACUUGGAUUCCAGUGGAAUUUCCUGCUCUGAAUGCCUCUCAGCAACCCAUUUUGCUCCAUUAGAUGCCAAAUUAUUGAUAUUUUUAUGAAAAAUCAAUGAAAUUUGAUGUCUCUAAUUUUUUUUCAUUGAAAAUUUCCCCUUUCUUCUCCACUCCUCAAAAAGCUGCUGAUAAAAUUCCAAAAAUGCUAACUCGGGCCACAAAAUCAGGAAUAACCAAGAAAAAUUGUAAAAAGUAUUCGUUAUUUAUUGAAAAAAAAAAAUAAAAUAUCGAUUUUGCUCCCGCGAUAACCCAAAAUCGAUAGAAAUGAAUAAUAAAAAGUAGAAAUUCUAAUAUAAUUAAAUUGAUUGAUAAUAAAAAUCAUAUUCAGAUUAAAGAAGAAAGAAUAAGAGUGCGUAUGCAGUAUUAGCGUGCGAGAUGCUUCAACUCACUGAUUCGUAGCUUUACAAUCACCUAGAUGAAUAAAAACGCGUAGAAAAUUACCGAACAAAGACGUAAAAUAGUCAAAUAAAUUAACAUUUGCCUUCGAAGUAAUUAUAACCAUAACAAUAUUAAUUACUUCCAUUGAAUCUUGUUGUAUUGACGUUUGAAAUAUCUGGAUUUUAUCUCUGUUUAAAUGAUAAUACAUUCCGUAAAAGCACUUGUCUGUUCUUCAUGAUUUAUUCAAUGACAAAAGCACUCAUAUCAAAAGUGAAAUAAAUGCAUUAUUGAUGGAGUUACCAUACUUAGAGGACCGUUAAGUAGUUGUAGAAGAGUUUAAGAACUUGAUUUUCAAUUUUUUGAUUACUUCAUCACAGUUUUUUGCGAAUAUCUCGAGAACGAUUGGGUUCAGCAAAAAAUGUCAGAAGACAUUUUUUGUAGGAAACUUAAAUCUGCACAAAAAAUGUGGAAUGAUAUUUUCCUCUAAACCCACUCGUUGGGGAGAUAUUCGCAAAAGAAUCUACGAACAAAUUUUUUCGAGUGGAAGAGAACGAAAAUAUUCUUUCUUUUGGUUAUGAAAGAAUCAAGAAUGCGAAAAUUUAUUUGAAAAAUGAUAGGAAGGAGUUCUGAAGUCAAUGGAAGUAUGCCUGCUACCUUCUUAUUGUUCGCAAUACCAUAAUUAAUGGAUAAAGCUAUUGAUGAAUAUUAAAAAAACGUUGUCGUUGAAUUAGCGGAGAUUACGAGUAGAUUUGCGAUGUUUAUAAUGUAUCAAAUGGAUGUACCUAGUUUUUAAUCGAAAGAGAGUGAUUUAGGAGAGUAGAGUGACGACAAUGGCCUAUGUAUUACCGUCGUUGGAGAUUUCAUUAAAAAAUCUUUAAUUGUGUAUAAA